AUGGAUUUAAAACAAGUGACGAUUUUUCUUCUGGAUUUAAUGGCCAUAGCUAGUGCCAUUAAUUCAGACAUCCAGGCUAGCAGACUUAGACUUUUUCGAGACUUAUUUCUAUCUUAUGAGGCCAGUUUGAUUCCAGCUGAACAAAUCAAUGUAACAUUGGGAUUGGAACUCAUCAAUAUUGUGGAAUUGAACGAAGUGAAGGAAUACCUGGACAUUCAUUGCUUUCUUUACACGCAGUGGACAGAUAAACGAUUGCAAUGGAACAGUACAGAAUAUGGUGUACCAGACCUGCGGGUUUUAAUUGGUACCGUUUGGCAACCAGACAUUUCUUUAUAUGACGGGGUAGAGGAGCCGCAGAUGUUUAAUGAUGGGCGAGGUUUUGUUUUGUCCAAUGGUUUAGUCAUGUGGAUUCCAGCAGUGCGAAUUAAAGCCAAAUGUAAUGUGGACGUCAAAAACUUCCCUUUCGACACCCAGACCUGUACGAUGAAAUUUGGAUCGUGGAUUCACAGUGGUAACUCAUUAGAUGUUCAAACACGGGAAAGCGAAUCCCAAUCAGCUUUCCAAAGUAAUUUACCCGAAUCAAGAAAAGGAUGGCAACUGGUUAAUUCAUCCGUCAGACGCGAUGUUACAUAUUAUAAGUGUUGUCCCGAACCCUACCCAUCUAUAACUUUUACCUUAACUUUAAAGAGAAGUCCAGUAUAUUAUGUUCAUGUGUAUAUUCUUCCCGCCGUUUUAUUAUCAUUAUUGGUGCCUAUUCAACUAUUUUUACCUCCAAAGUCUAAAGAACGCAUAACAAUUGGAACUGGACUCAUUAUUGCUAAUAUACUAAUGGUAUUAAGACUACAAGAUGUUCUUCCUGAUCAGCAUCUAGAAAUUCCUCGACUAGGAAUGUUUUACAGUUUGAAUUUAACAUGGUCGGUUUUGUCAGUUCUGACGACGAUAUUGGUUUUAAACAUUCAUAAUCGUGGUUCUAGACAAGGGCGAGUACCCGAAUCUCUACGAUCGGUAUUUUUAAGAAGUUUAAAAAGUAUUGUAUGUUUGGGAGAUGACAGUUACUACCCAUUUACUUCUUCUGAAAGCGUGUCGAUGAAAGGAUUGGAAAAUCCCUGUGUACCUGAUAGUCCAGGUGGUAAUAACCCAUCCUUCAAAGGAUCUGGAGCAAAAACAGAAUCUUCUAUGGUGAAAGAAGUCGAGUAUAUUGGUAAACAAGUCAAUUUACUGACGUGUAGAUCUAAUCUUCAGGAAGGCCGAGAUGAUAUACAGAAUGAGUGGAUGCAGUUAGCCUUAGUUUUAGACCGUGUUUUCUUUUUCUUUUUCUUUCUCUCUUAUUUGAUAUAUACAGUCGUCAUCAUGGCAUAA